AUGCCUAUUACUAUUCCCAAAGGUAAGCAGAGAAGUGAAGAAUUAGAAAACUUCAAAAAUGAGAUGGUUAAAGUCAUUAAAGAAACUGAGACUGCUCUUAAAAUCAGAGAAGAAAAUAAGAGAAAACAAGAAAGAGAACAUGAUAUUAAUUCGGGAUUAAAUCGAGCAAGAAAAGACGCCUUUGAAUAUAUCGAAAAGGAUAUGACUGAAAAAGGUGUAAAAAUCCAAGACUUGGGAGAAUAUGCUAAUUAUCAAACACAAAUUAAUAAUUUAGAUAAAGUCUAUAAAAUUCGUGAUUUACGAGAAGAAAUUUUAAAUUUUAUUUCUAAAUUAGGUAGGAGAAACCCCCCUCGACCGGAUGAUAGAAGAGAUUAUCCACCUCGGGAACCAAGAGAAAAUCCAGAUCGUCGAUUUCCAGAUAAACCCGACAAGCCUGAAAUUCCAGAUAAACAUGAUAAGCCACGAGACAAAAAAGAAUUACUGGAAGAAAUCAAACGAGAACAAUUGAAUAAUGCUUCUUUACAAAAACUGGUUUCUAUGUCAGAAACUAGAAUAAAUGAGUUAGAAGAAGAAGUGCGAGAGUUAAAGGCUCAGAUUCCUCAAACUCAAAAAACUAGACAAGGUAUAUUUAAAAGAGAAAAGCAAAUAAAUCAGUGA